UUUAAAAAAGGGAGUGAGAGAUUGCACGUCCAGAUGGGAAUAGAACAUGCUAUGCCUGCCACAAGAACCCAAUAACUUGAGAUUUCAUUGAGAAUGUCCACCGCAGCUUUUCCAGUUGAGAACGUGGUAAAUGGGUUCACGAUCAUCAGCGAAAUAAUCCCAGCACGCAGAGUUCUAGCUGAAAAUGAACAAAAUGGAGCUGCCGCAGGAUCUCCCACCUUUCCAAUAAUCGCCGCUCUAGGUCCACUUGGAAGCUUCCUGAAAGCAGAGCCGAAAGCUCUGGGGACCGUCCAAAUAAUGAUCGGUGUGAUCACCCUCUUGUUUGGCAUUGUGUUGACGGUCAACAUCAGCACCAUCUCUGUCUACACUGGUAUUGUUUACUGGGGAGCUUUGUUUUACAUCAGUACUGGCUGUCUAACAAUUAUAGCGCAGAAGAAGCUUCGCCCAUCUUUGGUGAAAGCCUCUCUGGUAAUGAAUGUGUUCAGUGCUAUAGCUGCAGUAACAGCCAUCAUUCUCAUGUCCUUGGACAUGGCUUUUGGGCCAGUGAACUGGUGUGGUCUUGUUGGACGGCGUAUGGAUUGUUUAAUUGACCUUUCAUUGUUUCACAGCCAGACUAAUGGGAUCAGUGGAGUGCUGCUGGUUUUCUCUCUGCUUCAGCUCAUCAUCUCCAUCUGCAUCGCCGCGUUUGGAUGCAAAGCUGUUUGCUUUGAAAUUCCAGAGCUUGCUGCAGUUGGGAAUACAUAUGAGAUUCCCAUCCCUGUUCCAAGUCUUAUGAACUCACAACUGUACUCCAACAUGGAAUUCACACCUGAAGAAAGCCCUCCAGCAUACACAGAGAAUGCUCACAGAAUGGGGGGCGCCUUGGGGCUUCAGGGCCUGGUACUCCGGCGUGACGGUUGGCCCGCUCCCCUGGGUGGUUGGGCUCCGGGGCGGCUCAGGGCCCCUCGGCGGGGAUGGGGCCCUGAUGGGUGGAUGUCCACCACAUUCAUACCAACGAAUAACAUGGAAAAUGGCUUUACCAUUGUGACCCACGUGAUCCCAAUGCAAACAGCUCCAGCUGGAGCAAGACAGAGUGGAUCGGAGCAUGGAGCAGGAUUCUAUAAUAGACUACUGGCCAGAAACACAAGCCGUGACCACUCCAGUCCAGGCUCAGCCAGGCCCACACUACCAAAAGUACUGGGGACGGUGCAAAUCAUGACAGGUUCAAUGUCAUUUUUGUUAGCCAUUGUGCUAUCACAGCACCCUGGCACUCAGUUCUUCUCUCAGAGUUUGCAUGGAUACUGGGGAUCCUUCAUCUAUAUCAGUGCCGGCGCUCUGUCUGUAGCUGCCCAGAAUAAGUUUCGCCGCUGUUUGGUGAAAUGCUCACUGGCAGUGAAUGCAGUCAGUGCAGUAACUGCAGGAAUAGCCACCGUUCUACUUUCCUUGGACUUGGCAUAUGGGCUUAAUGGCUUAACUAUGGCAUAUGACUGUGAACUCAGCUACUACUGUGACUUCUUCAUGAAGCGGACAAAUGGGAUCAGUGGAGUGCUUCUGGUUUUCUCUCUGCUUCAGUUCAUCGUCUCCAUCUGCAUGUCACUGUUUGGCUUUGAUGCUACCUGCUGUGCUGAACCAGGGGUUCAUGCUACCAGCCAGUUUCCAUCCUGUGGAGCAUGUAUUUCACUUAGUAAUCCCUGUAGUGCUCACAGUAAUGAGGAGGGUGUGUUUGUGAUCAGUAAUCCCAAUAUGAACAACUCACCACUGACACAACCUCCAGAGUACAGUGAGAUUGAGCCUCAGUUCCAGCCUUGAGCUCCAUAAGAACAUCUGGAUCUGCUGGAAUGGAGUGGAAUUGAAUUGGCCAUGCAACUAUCUGACAGCUUCCUUUACAUCUUUAUGUAUUCUGAAAAUGAGUGAUGGCAAAUCAUAUAUUUUCAGACUGAUUAACCUGAGUGGUAUAUUUUUUUCAUGUCUUCAGCUUAUUAUGCCUUUGGGGUGUGUGUGUGUGUGUGUGUGGUCUAUUGCACAAUUGAUAAUCUAAUUUAUUCUUAUAGUUGUUUAUCCUGAUUAUUUGUUUGAUUAAGGUGUACUUUAGGUGGAUUCAGGUUUUAGCACCAAAUGGUCUUCUGUUAUAUAUAUAUAUAUAUAUAUAUAUAUAUAUAUAUAUAUAUAUAUAUAUAUAUAUAUACAUUUUACCCCAAAACAUGGUCCAUGUAAAGAAAAGUUGUAACUGCAAGUAAAAGUGAAUUUGAUAUUUGAUUUUUAAGCAAUCACAUAUAUGUAGUUUAUUAAAGAAUUGGGUACAGAUCUGUCUACAUACACCACAUUGGCCAAUAGGCAAGUGAUGAUAUAUGUUGUAUCACAAUAAUUACCAUUAACAUUUUAUUAUUGUUUACAGUUUUAUAAUAAUGUUGUAUACUCUUAAAUGUUCUUCAAGGUUCUUUAGUUAAGA